GCCCAUUCAAACCUCUAUAUUUAGCACUAUUCGUGUUUUCUACAUUCGCGCUACUCAAACCUAAGAAAUCUUAGAGCAUUGUUCAUCGUUGCAAUCUCCACAAAACCCUAAAACUCCUUCAUCUUUCCUCAGGAGGCCAAACUACUGUGUUAAGAAGCUUACGUGGAAGUUGAUAAAGAAACGAUUGAUCUUUAAAGUUGUUAUUUGAUAUUUGUUAAGAACAUCUUAAGAUAGAUAGGAUCAAUUUAUAUUGUUUGAGGUUUUUAACCAAUUUUGGGAUCAAUAUAAAUUGUUUACUGAACACUUCCAUCAAAAUCAAAAUCACAAACAAGUUUGAGUUGUCGCACUCAACACCGCUGUAGUGCUCUUCGGCCGCUAGAAACUGGGAGAAACUCCUCCAUCCAAUGGUAGCUAAAAUGGAAGAAGAUGAUUAUGAGGAGUAUAUUCCUGUGGCGAAGCGUCGCGCCAUGGAAGCUCAGAAGAUUCUCCAACGCAAAGGGAAAAUAUCUGCUCCAAUAGAUGAUGAUUCUGGAAAACUAAGUGUGGUUGAAACUAAGCCCAGUCUACUUGUUAAGGCCUCACAGUUAAAGAAAGAACAACCUGAGAUUAGUGUUGCAGAACAGAUUGUUCAACAGGAGAAAGAGAUGAUUGAGAAUUUGUCUGAUAAAAAAAACCUUAUGUCGGUUCGUGAAUUAGCGAAAGGGAUCACUUAUACCAAACCUUUGCCUACUGGGUGGAAGCCUCCUUUGCAUAUUAGAAGGAUGUCAAAGAAAGAUUGUGAUUUGAUUCAAAAACUGUGGCAUAUAAUUGUCAAUGGUGAAGAUAUUCCACCCCCGAUUAAGAAUUUUAAGGAUAUGAGGUUCCCGGAUCCUAUUUUGAAGAUGUUGAAAACCAAGGGGAUUGUGCAGCCAACACCUAUUCAGGUGCAAGGGCUUCCUGUUAUUUUAUCUGGGAGGGAUAUGAUUGGAAUUGCUUUCACGGGUUCUGGUAAAACUUUGGUUUUUGUGCUUCCAAUGAUCAUGAUGGCAAUGCAGGAGGAAAUUAGGAUGCCUAUAGUUCCCGGUGAAGGUCCAUUUGGUCUGAUUAUUUGUCCAUCGUGGGAAUUGGCGAGGCAAACUUAUGAAGUCAUUGAACAAUUCUUGUUACCUUUGAAGGAAGCUGGAUAUCCGGAGCUCAGACCUUUGCUUUGUAUUGGUGGAAUUGAUAUGAGAUCACAACUUAAGAUUGUCAAGAAGGGGGUUCACAUAGUUGUUGCCACACCUGGGAGGUUGAAGGAUAUGUUGGCCAAGAAGAAAAUGAAUCUUGAUAACUGCAGGUAUUUAACGUUAGAUGAGGCUGAUCGAUUGGUAGAUCCGGGAUUUGAAGAUGAUAUAAGAGAAGUUUUUGAUCACUUCAAAGCUCAAAGGCAGACUCUCUUGUUUUCUGCUACUAUGCCAACCAAAAUUCAGAACUUUGCUAGAAGUGCUUUGGUAAAACCUAUUAUUGUCAAUGUGGGACGUGCAGGGGCGGCAAAUCUUGAUGUUAUUCAGGAAGUAGAGUAUGUCAAACAAGAGGCAAAAAUUGUUUACCUCCUUGAGUGCCUACAGAAAACCCCACCACCUGUUUUGAUAUUUUGUGAGAAUAAGGCAGAUGUCGACAACAUUCAUGAGUAUCUUCUCUUGAAAGGAGUGGAAGCCGUGGCCAUUCAUGGAGACAAGGAUCAGGAAGAUAGAGAGUAUGCUAUUUCGUCAUUUAAGACUGGAAAGAAAGAUGUGUUGGUUGCAACUGAUAUUGCAUCCAAAGGUUUGGAUUUUCCUGAUAUUCAGCAUGUCAUUAACUACGACAUGCCAGCUGAAAUUGAAAAUUAUGUCCAUAGGAUUGGACGUACUGGAAGAUGUGGCAAAACUGGUAUAGCGACAACAUUUAUAAACAAGAACCAAACUGAGACAACAUUGCUUGAUUUGAAACACCUUUUGCAAGAAGCAAAACAGAGGAUUCCCCCUGUUUUGGCUGAGCUGAUUGAUCCAAUGGAAGAUAAUGAAGAAAUCACUGGCAUAAGUGGUGUCAAGGGAUGUGCUUUUUGUUGCGGGCUUGGUCAUCGUAUGCGGGAUUGUCCAAAAUUAGAACAUCAGAAUAUUGUGAAAAAUGCAAAUAAUAGGAAGGAUUGUUUUGGAUCUGGAGGUUACAAAGGAGAAAUUUGAAAGGCACCAGUGUGUUGUGAGUUGUGACCAUGUGUGGCUUGUAUGUUUUAGAUGUAUGAGUUUUCUCCUUCGACUGGGUUUGAAUUCAAGACCUUUAACUCAGGAUAUUCUAGCUCAAAUUGGUUGUGCUACCCAACUCCCAUGUGUAUGUGAUUUACUCGGUAGUUUUGAUGAUUGUAUGAAUCAAUUGAUAUUUAGUUUUCUUUUUAAAGUAAAACAUUCAUGUGGAUUGUCAAAUAUCAUAUACUCACUCAAAAUGUGCUUUUGUUGCAAA